CGCGAAAGUUUUCCACCAAGGAGACUGACUAUUGAUUGAGUGUUGCCACCCGCUCAUCCUUCCGAGAGAGUUCCUUACAUGCAGGCCGAGGCUCCGCGUGACAACAAAUCUGUACCCGGGAAUGACGCAAAAAAGAAUCCACACACCUCUUUUGUUUUUGCGAAUCAACUUCUGUCCCCCUUGCGAUCUAGUCGUCCUGGGCGGUAAAAGUCAGAUCCAAUACCCGUGAUUUCUGAGGAGCGGGACUAGGUCCCCUUCUUUUCAGGGUAUCGAGAUAUUGCGGGCGCUUCUGAGCAGCGUGUGGGCAAAUCAGAGCUUGGAGGGUUAUAUUUUGGUACUGCAGACGAAGCGUUGCUCGUCAGGGUUGAAACCGGCGGCUUUCUAUUGCAUCGGGCGUCGCUAUCUUUUCUGUCUUGCCUUUGUCUUUUUCUCAUCUUUCUUUUCUUGCCCUGUACAUUUGCAGUCAUUUUUAUUUUUGUUCAUUGCAUACACUUCAGGGUUGCUGGCCAAAUCCAAGUCGUGAUUUGCUCUUGCUUUCAAAUCUUGUUGUUUGCGCAGUCAGACAAAUGCUCAACGAGCAUUUCUCCUAUAUCACUCAAUUAAUUUUCAAACUCCGUCACUUCAUUAUCAAGCAUCGAGUGCUUUCUUCUAAUAUCUUAAAAAAAACACCAUCAAGUCCCGCCUUGGACGUGCUACUGCUGAGCGGCUGGUCGCAUCUAUUAGAGGAGUUGGGCCUGCCUUUGUUCUACGCGCUGAGCAACAGGCAGGCAGUCAGUAAGGCUUGGCACACACCUUUUGGACACAGCCCCGUCAGGUUGGUUUAGCUCGAUUUUGUACCUCGCCCGCCUUAUUCAGCCUUCGCGAUGAUGGAUGGGGUCCUGGUCAUUGAUUACUAUGGCUACAUGGUCCCAGCCAGGCGUCAUCAAGUGAAGAACUGCCAUCCCAAGAAAAGAGCAUGUCGCUCAAUGUUUCUGUUUUUUUUUCUCUCUUCUUUUUUCUUCUCUUUUUUCCCUCCAUGACAACAACUUCCCUGAUCAAAAUCCAUUGAAAACAGAAUAACGAAAUAGCUAACAAAUAGGUUCAACCCGAUUCGAUCCGUCUUGGGAAAAGGAGCCAAGACUACACACACAAGUACGACGACCGCAUGCCAGGCGGACGACGACAUGGAAGUCGCGUCACGAUGCCUUCAAUCAAUAUGGCCGCCCUCAAGCCGAUUCUUCUCCUCAUCGCCAUUUGGACCAUGGCCCCGAUACAAGUUUGCGCCGCCGAUGCCACUACGACCGCGACCGCAGCCUCUCCUGUGGCUACUCUUGUCCCUUCCUGUGCCAGGGGUUGUUUCCAGUUAUUCCUGGAUGUUCAUAAAUUUACAGGUUCUUGCGGCAAUUCACCGUCAUUAGAUUGCCUCUGUGGGAGGUAUAGCUCGUCGGGUGCUACGAUAGGCGAGGGUGCCGUUCAAUGUAUCGUCGCUGAAGCAGAAACAGGCACCUGCUCCAAAGAUGAUGCGAGUCAGAGCGUUAUAUCGAAAGCUUAUAGUGCAUGUAACGAACAGCCCAAUGCUGUUACGCCCACCCUCAAGACUAUCGUCGCGACUUUGGUGACAUCGACGACAGCAAUCCCAACUAACUCUCCCACUCCUACCACUAUGAUAACCUCAUCCAGACCACCGACAGGAACUAACGCCCCAUGGGGCACUCCCACUCCAACAUCUACUCCCCAAGAAUCUAACAAAUCAUCAGCAGCACUCAAUGGAAGCCAGGUUGCCGGUGUAACUAUCGGAGCAGUCUCCGGUGUUUUUAUACUUGUGGCAUUCGUUUUCAUAGCGAGGUGUUCCCGGAAGAAGCACCUAAACAAUGUCGCCGCAAGGGAUAAAAACGUGUCGUUUGAUAGUGAGAGAUCAGCGCCUGGUCCUGGUAUGGAUGGUCGCCAGGGUAGCAUGCAAAUUUCAGCUCCUUUGCACGUUGCAUCCGGUCCGGCAGCAUGGGCUCCGCAGCCCUACGAGAGUAUGGCCGCUGCUCCUGCUCCAAGAUUGAGCACCAUUGGCCAGGCACUGACGCCUGCGGGAAAUACGGCCACGCAUUUUGACAACACAACCUCGAACAAUCGAUCCACAAGACAUCCCACGCUGACGCCGAGGCGACGAGAGUCGGCCGAGUUCUUUGCUGCUCUUGCGCGUAACGAACAGCCUGAGCAAGUCCUUCGCCAGCAGUCCAAGCCUCAACUUAACGUCAGCAUUCCUGCAAAUGUCUCUGGCAUUAACAGGGACAGUCAGGUGACAGAGUUCGCCGAGGAUGGAGAGGAUAUGGACCCCGAAACGGCAGGCGGAAACAUCUGGCGCCCACCGCCGACGGAUCCUACCUCAGCGUCCACUUACUACGUAGCCGACAAAUGGGGCAACUGGCGACGAAAGUCGGUGUCGACCCGGGAGCCGAAUACAUCAUACGGGAACAUGCCGCCACCCAGGUCUGCAUCUUCGGCCACAGUCCCUCCUUUGAAACUUGGAAAGAAAUUACCAGGACAAGGUGAUGGCAGCCCAGGGGCCGCCUCGAGCGUUUACUCAGUCUUCACCCCGCCGCAAUCCGAAUAUCCAGGGGCUGAUAACCCAAUGCCGCCGCUGCCUCCCUUUCCAAAGUCAUCAUACGCCAAGAUGUUGGAGAUGAACAGGGCAUUGGAGGCUAGCAGUAACGGACCCACGCCUCAGCGAAAUGCCUCAACGGCCAGCAACGGACCUAUUGGCGCUCGCAGUGCCUGGCCUAAAUCUUUGCCGAGAGACUCGCAGAAUACGACAACAACCAUUGCGGAUGAUGACGAUUUGACGUCCCCAAACCAUGGGAACAGCAUGGUAAUGCCGGUGACAGCAGACGGAAUCAGGAAGAUGCUCGGAGGUGACUCUUCGGUGCGCCCAAGGUCGACUAUCCCGCCUCCUGUUUCAUACAACAAUAUGCCCGGUAGCACCCGUUCUCCUCCGGCCGGAUCUAGCCCGGCUCGUCCCUCAUCAAGCCACUCCUGGACGUCAGCAGCAACCAACUGGCAAAAUGAAGAGUGCAGUCCCCUAAGCCCUAUCCUUGGACGCAUGCCCCCGCAAGGAGUAUCAGCAACCCGCGCCCAGGUACAUGAUCCGCAUCUGCUAUCACCACCGAUACCGUCACAGCUACGGAUGCCCACAACUACUGCAUUUUCAAACACCAACGGCCGCAGCCUGACACGCCCAGGAAACACGACGAGGCCGGGCCCUAGCUUGGACGACGAACCAGUGGUCUUCCCGGCGUUCCCGCCAUCCCCGGAUAGCUUCCGCUCAACCGGCAGCGGGCUUCUCGCGAAGCGGCUGGGCGCCGAGCGUGCGGCCGGCUUGAGCCUCGAGACGGAGGUGCAGCCGGCGACUCGGGCCCACUGGAUGCGGCAGUUAUCACCCUCGUCACCAUCUUCGGACCCGGCGGCCGGUCUGCCGUUGCCUGUGACGCCAGGGUGGGAGCCCAAGCUUACUCCUACGCGGCGGGGCGAUGACCUGUUUCUCAAGGUUGCGUGAGAAAAGAGGUACAAUAGAAUGCGGUUUCACAUAAUCCAUCCUUACCCGAGGGACACAUUCUUACUAUGAUUUUGGAUAAGACGCUCUGCUUACGCCCCCAUAAUACUGACCAACGAAAAAAAACCCCUGGUCCGUCAUCUCAGUUGGGAUGUGGUCUAAGCCCCAUAACCCACACAACAUUGUAUUACUACGACAAGACCUUGUUUGUACAUCCAUGACUGGACUCCUGCUAAUGAAGUAAGGUAGUCAUUUUGUUUCGCAUUUGCUCUUCUUUUUUUUUCACAUGUACAUAAAACUUUUUGGCGAUUCUUCUUCGACUUGACUUUUUGGCGUUUCAUGGGACACUCAGGGUGCGGUAUACCCCCUCUUUGAAUUUGGUGUUCAUUGUUCUUUUCGAUGUCUUGUUAUUCGAUUUUUUUGGCCAUUCUGUUUUGUUUUGGGCAACUAGAGGCAAAGCGAUAAAGAAACACUGUCCUAGAUGUGGAAAAAGCCAUAAUAAUUCUCACUUUAUCUUUUCUAUUUUCUUCUCCCAGUACUUCACUGUUCAGGUUGUGAAAUAUCUUUCAUUAAAAUCCUUCCAAGUUCCCAUGUAUAAUCGAGCUGUCCACACCAAUCGUUGCUGUCACCACUCUACGGCAACAAUUUCAGAUUUAUGCUCGGCAAUGAUGAUCCUCUUACGAUAAGGUCCCCAAGGUUGCCACUGCAGGAGUGCAUGGACACAAAAAGGAAUAUGUUUUG